UAAAAGGCCUCCACAGGCCCCUACGAACAAACCAACACACCCAAAGUAAACUGAGCUUCCUCUCCUCUUAGCUCUCUGCUUCAAGAGUUGUAUGGCAAAGGAAGCCGAAUUGAAGAGUGUCGAUCUGAAGGUUUCUGUUAACUGUUGUGAGGGAUGCAAGAGGAAAGUUUUGAAGGCCUUGAGCAUCAAAGGUGUACUGAGGGCAGAGAUUCAUCCAACCCUGCCCAAAGUGACUGUCAUCGGCAAUGUUGAUGUAGGAAUCCUGAUAAAGAAGUUGUCGAAAGUCGGGAAAAGUGCUGAAGUAUUGGCCGAGGAGAUGCAAAAGCCGCAAAGAGAUGAUAGGGUAAGCGAGAAGGAAAAGGAGAAAGGGAAAGAACCCGAGAACGAUAAGAGUUCUUCGAUCGACAAUGGAAAGAGUAAUGAGAGCAAAAGCACCCUAAACAAGGAUGAGAUUGGCAAAGAUAAAGGAGAAAAGAAUCCCGUGGUUGUCGAAACAACAAAGGGUGUGUAUCCUACAAUUGUAACCACCAUUCCACAAGUGAGCUUGUACCAAACUAUAGCACCACAAGCCAAAGUUUACUACCCGAUGGAGCCUGUUGUAGUUCCCAUGCCACACUACCCCAUGAAUGCCGACCCUGCUCCGGCCGCAUUCUACAUUCAAGACUAUCGCUACUACGAAACGCCGUCCUACCGCCAUUCACCACCGCAGUCGCAAGCAAUGGCUGCUCUCGGAGACUACUUCAACGAAGACAAUACGGUAGGUUGCCGGAUCAUGUGAAGGAUUGAACUUACCCAAUUUUUGUUUGACAAAGGGUAGAGGAUGAACCCUAUUGAGGUGGUCAUGGACCACAACUUUCUUGAUAUUCAUAUACGGAAAAGGCGGGGGGAAUUGAAUGUCUCCCUUGCAACUUUGACUCGGCUCUUAGAGCUUAGAAUGGCUUAAUUCCUUAUCAAUGUCAUUGUUGUCAUCUA